CGAGCAUGCGCGUGAGGGCAUGGAUGACAGAGAUCGAAGGAGUUGGGCAAUGUUGAUGGAGUUCUGGGAGGCUUUCCCGCAAGAAAUCUCUGUUUCCCUCAUUUAAUAACCCUUACUCCAUCAUUUUAUCAUCGCACACAUCUGAAGUAACAUCUCAAUUGCGGGAAAAGCGCCAAAGUUUAGUCCAUACGAACGAGGAAGCUGUGUCGUAUUGGAAUUCUUGACAUCAGAGCACUCUUCAGUCGUCUUGUCUUUAUCUCUCAAACUCUUGCUCGCUCUUUUGCUUUUACUAACCAGAAUCAAACUACAUUCCCUACUUUGAAACCACUUCACUACCAAAAUGCAGACAACAGAAAGAGAUUGUCCCCUUUGCAUGGAGCCUUUGGAAAUUGAUGAUGUGAAUUUUUAUCCUUGUACCUGUGGAUACCAGAUAUGCAGAUUUUGCUGGCAUAGAAUCCGUACAGAUGAAAAUGGACUCUGUCCGGCAUGUAGAAAGGCAUAUAGUGAGGAUCCAGCAGUCUACACACCUCUAUCACAGGAUGAAAUUCAGUCAAUUAUAAGGGAACGGAAACACAAGGACACCCAGAGAAAACAGAAACUUACAGAAAACAGAAAACACUUAGCAAAUGUCAGAGUUGUACAAAAGAAUUUAGUAUUUGUGGUUGGGCUGACUCAACGACUAGCAGAUCCAGAGUUGCUAAAAAAGCCUGAAUAUUUUGGAAAAUUUGGAAAAAUUCACAAGAUUGUCAUCAAUAACAGUACUAAUUAUGCUGGUCCUCAGGGUCCCAGUGCAAGUGCAUAUAUUACCUUCAAUAAAGAAGAGGAUGCAUGCAGGGCGAUUCUAGCUGUCAGUAAUGCAUACCUCGAUGGCAGAACAUUAAAAACCUCCUUGGGCACUACUAAAUAUUGCAGCUACUUCCUGAGAAAUAUACCUUGUCCUAAGCCUGACUGUAUGUAUCUGCAUGAAUUUGGUGAUGAAGCAGCUAGUUUUACAAAAGAGGCAAUGCAAGUUGGUAAACAUCAAGAAUAUGAACAGCAACUUCUUGCUAAUUAUGCCAAGAAAAUGGGAAUUACUACUGAUAAAGUGUCCAAAGAUUUAUGGCAAGUGGGAUCAGGUUGGACAGCAUCAUCAGGAUCUGGAUGGACGUUAAAAUCAGAUGGCUGCUCAGCUUCUCCAAGGACUUGCUCACCACACUCCCGUGACAGCCCCCCUGGGCUCCCCCAACAGUUUGAAGAACCUUUCCAUGAAUCUGAAGACUGGGAAAUUCCAAGUCCAGUUACAGUACAAGAGGCUCCUCCCUCGACACAGACAGAAACAGAAACACAACAAGCUUCAACUAAUAGAAACAGAACAGAAAUUCCACCUUUGUCAUCGCUGAUUGCAACACACAACCACUCUCCACCCAACACAGCCCCCUCUCCACCCAACAUAGCCCCCUCUCCACCCAACAUAGCCCCCUCUCCACCCAACACAGCCCCUUCUCCACCCCACUCAGAUCCAAUAGCAGCUGCCCUGUCUGGAAAUCUGGCAUCUACAGCACCUGUCAUCUCUGGACAAUCUAGUUUCCCUGCCCCCCCUCCUGAGAGUAUAGCACAGAGUAUACCACCUCCAAGCCUGCCUCCACAGAGUUUGAAUGACACAGGAUGGCCUUUAAACCCUUCUAUAGAUGCUGCACCAACUCCCAUGAGCUAUAAUUCUGGUCCGUCUCUGUUUGGAUCAGGAGAUAUUGCUAGUGGUCUUGGGCUCUCUAAUCUACAUCUAAAAAUAUCUGGAGAAGAUGAUUUAGGUUUUGACCCCUGGAAUGAAUCUAGUAAAGGCCUUGCAGAUCUUCUUCAAGAGGAACAAUCUCCAUUUGCUCACCUCACCCAACAGAACCCUACCUUACAAAGUAGACAGGACUUUAUACCAGCCAUGGGCUUCACCCAUCAGAUGGCAGCACAGCCCCCGUUUGGCCAAAGGCCACCACCCACCGGGCCUGCUCAGAAUGUCCAGGAUGAUUUUAAAAGCUGGCAGGAAGGGCUGAGAGCACUGUUACCAAAUAUUAAUAUCAGUUUUUCAGAUGGUAUACCAGAUGCCUCUGGCUGGCCGUCUGUCACCACUGGGAGUAGAUCUAGAGGACCUAGUGAGUGGAGUCCAGCAACACACUCGGCCCCUCAGCCAGACAGACCAGCAGCUGUCCGUCCGCCCCCGGGGUUUGAGUCCAAGACACCUGACCCACACAUACCAAUGGUAGAUGACCCUAGUAUUGUCUGGUCUAAGGUCAUAGGUGGCAAAAGCGACCCUCUGCCUCUAGUCCCAGGCCUGAUUCCUAAUGGCUACCCUAACAUGUCGGCUAACACCGUCACCUCAGAUCUCCCAGGAGCAGUGGCAGUCCAGUCCACGGGGAUGCUAACCAGUAAUCCUAUCUAUCAGUCCACGGCAGCCCGUCCAUACCAGCCCAACAGAACAGCCAAACAAGCAACUAAACAAUCCUCUCCUGCUAAGAGCAAGCAAAGACCUGUUAGUGAGCCAUUUGCCGCAGGUGGCGGGUUCGACCCGUCGAUACUGCAGCGUUUAGGUGUGGUCGACGAUGUUUCACAAAUAGGCGGCUUGACCAAGUUUAAUUUGAAUGACCCCCCGUACUUUGGGGCAGUGCCCCUAAAGUCCAAGCUGACCCAGAGUCUAGAGUCUAUAGGCAGAGAAGAGAUGAUGAAGGGUGGCAAGAGUAAGCAGAAAGAGAAAGAAAAGCGGGCUGUACAUUCUGCAAAACUGGAAUACGACUCGAAAAAAGUUGAAGAAAAAGGCAGUGGUAAGAGCCAAGCGACCAAAAUGAAGUCUGAAGAGAAAACCAAGAAGACAGAGGAACAACCUAAAACAUCGAAGAAAUCAGAGAAGAAAAAGACUUCAGCAUCUUCACAGGGUAAAGAAUCCUCGCGCCCUGCUUUUAAACCCGAUAAACAAUCCGUGUCCCAGUCCAAGUGCAAAGACAGCAGACCAGUGGAGUCCAAGCCCAAAGAAAAUAGACCCGAGAAGAAGAAAGCCACGAAACCCAACCCAAAACCCUCUAGCUCUCAAGAAAGCAACUGGAGUCUGGAGGAUCUUACCAAGUUUACAGAGGCGGCGGAUCUCCUUCAGAGCAAGUUACGGAGUUUUCAUACUGACACGGACGUGAUCGCUGAGCAGCAGGACACCAUGUCACGAGAAGUACAGGGAACUCUGGAUAAACUCCAGUCGCAAGCGAGUGACGCGGUGACUGCAGCUAACAGCAUGCUCAAGUCGCUGUCGCACAGUGGCCAUAUCGACCCUAGUAAUCUAGAGCUUCUCACGCGCCAGGUCAUCAACGCGAAGAACGAGGCUGAAGCAGCCGAACUCAAGCUCAAGACGCUGAUCAAAGAGAACAGUAAAGUGACAGCCAAGGGGAAGCGGAGAUAGGACUUAAGACAAGGAAAAGAGGAGAUCAGAUUAUCAGUAAAGCGGCAGACAAGGGUAGCCGGAGACAGGACUACAGGCAAGGGAAAACGGAGUUUACCACGCUGGUGCUAAAGCUGCCGGGGGCAUGAGGCGACAGCCGUGCCGUUACCAGAGACUCUAGGUCGCAGCGAUAAUCACAGGAAUAUUCUUAACGGAGUGCCCUAUGUUGCACUCUGGUAUAUUAACUCCGUAAUAUUGGUUCGGACUGUUUGUUUCUAACUACCUGACAAAACAAUGUUCUGAAUGAGGACAGUGUGGACUGAUGGCUAAUAACACAAGGACAUUAAACUUGCUGAGACAAACUACUGUUCCACGUUGAGCUGAAUGCCUUGAAUAAAAUACGACAGAAUGUG